CUUCCCUUGCAGGAUCUUAACCAGUACCUGAAGGACAAAGUUUACUUGGCUGGGAACAUCUUCACCCUGGCAGACAUCCUCAUGUAUUACGGAAUUCACCACAUUGUUGUGGAAUUGGCUGUACAGGAGAAAGAGCGAUAUCUGAAUGUCACCAGGUGGUUCGAUCAUAUCCAGCACUAUCCAGGUGUACGACACCAUUUGCCUCCUGUGGUGGUUUUGAGGAACAAAAUUUACCCAAGUGGUCACCACUGAAAACCUCGAUAACAUCUUGUGGGUUGUCAAAUAAUCCAGACCUUAAGGUCACAUUAUCAAUGCUCAACUGACACACAGAGCUGUCCCAUUGUGUUACACCACAACCCUGACAUUAACCCAAACAGUCAGGACAAGUAAAGCAGGUCUUUUCCUUUUCCUUUUUUAUUUAUUUUUUUGGUGUGUGUGUGUGUGUGUGUGUGUGUGUGUGUGU